UGCGUACCGGAUACCUCCCGCCUGUUCCUGUGUCCCUGCGCACCGCCAGUCCCGCCCAUUCCAGGGGUACGCGACGUGUACUUGCGACCUCGACGCCUGUUCAAGCCUGGCCGCUCUGCUGCUCCCCAUCUCUGGACGCAGCUCGCCAACAAAUCUCCGCGGGACAGCAUCUCCUUGUGCCUGUUUUGCAUUUCAAAUUUUCUCUCUUCUCCUACUUUGUCAUCAUCUCGGCUUCUUCUCGACUGUCUCUUUGUACUUCCCGCUAUUUCCUUUGAGACGAAGGCAUCUGUAUAUUAUGCGACCAACGCCCUCAUAACCCCCCCGGCAAUACUUGAUGACAGAGGAGCCUCAGCUCUCUUCAACCGCCAAACAGCUCCCUUCGCUUCUUCAGCACUGUCUCACCACCAGCCUCGCUUAUUCCGCCAAGCACCACUAGAGACUCUGUCUAUAUCUGCCUCCCAAGUCAUAUUCUACCCUCUCGACUGAUACCAGCAUCGCCCGUAACGCAUAGAAACAGGCGCCAUCAUGCCGGCCCGCCACCACUCUUGGAACUUCAACAUUGACCGGUUCCUCAACCCCUUCAUACCUCCUCCGCCAUGGAACCACAUCCCGUAUCCCAUCGCCUACUGGUUUGGUUAUCGCAAGACCAAGCCCCAGAGCACGGGCAACCUGAUGCCCGUGUUCUGGGCAUUCAUCGGCGUCUUUGGUGCUAUUGCCAUGAUUGAAGCCGUUGGGAAACACGUUGCCUCCUUUCCUCCUCACCACGUGCCUUUGAUCGUGGGCAGUUUUGGCGCUGCUGCUGUCCUUGAAUUCUACGUUAUUGAAUCACCUCUCGCACAGCCGCGAAAUGCCAUCGGUGGACAAGUCAUCUCCGCCAUUGUCGGCUGUGCCGUAGGCAAGCUCUUCCUUCUCAGCGACAACUUUGAAGAUAUCAAGUGGCUGGGCGGUGCCCUGGCCUGCGCUUCAGCCACCGCCCUCAUGGCACUGACCAAGACGGUUCACCCGCCGGCCGGUGCGACGGCUCUGUUGGCCGUGGUCGACCCUACUCUAAUCCAAGUCGGGUGGUUUCUGAUUCCAGUCAUGCUGCUGGGAUGCAGCCUGAUGCUCGGUGCGGCGCUUGUGAUUAACAACAUUGAGCGCCAGUUCCCCGUCUACUGGUGGGCUCCGGAAGACUUGAGACAGCCCAACUCCAUGUUCCGCCGGCGGUUGUCCAACAAGAAGGCUGCUGAAGUCAAGGCCGAAGAAGAGAGGGAAGACCGAAUCUACGCCGCCGAUAUCAUUAUCAAGCCGGGACAUGUCAUUGUGCCGGAGCACAUCUAUCUGACCCAGGAGGAGCAGCAGUAUCUGGAGAUGAUCUCCAAGCGUCUCUGAGCACGUACACACACAGCAUUAGCACACAGCACGCAUAUGUCCUCAUGUUACAAGGCACAUGUACAAUCACAUGCAUUAUCAGCGUCAUGUUGUGGAGGAGGUCUGCUGAUUUUCGACGGAUUUCGAUGAUUUCUCAUGUGUUUCUACCAUUAGCCAGCGGAUGCAUCCAUCACCAAGCUUGCAUGGCAUUUUUUUCUACA